AAUCUCCUCGCAGCUUCAGCAGGGCGUCAUCCUUCCAUACUGAUUCGGCGUCCUCUUCUCUCCAUCUUGAAGUAGCCACUCCCUCCGCAGGAAUACCACCCACAAGAGUAGCCAUGGCUCAACACGCUCCGCCCGCCAACCUGAACAAGGCGCACCUCUCAAGUGUUCACCCCGACGGAGGGUUCCCCUCCUCUUCCUCCAACAAUUCCCCAAUGGACUCCCCUUCCAACGCCUCAGGUACAGCACCUACUGCUUUCCGCGACCCUUCCUCUUCCUCUGCAGCAAAGCGCGGUGAUCAAUCAGCCUCGAACUCAGGAUCAGGAGGCAGCAGUGAGGAAGCCUACAGCUCCUUCACUCCCCCCUUUCCCGCCUCUACUCCCUUUCCCCGCUUCUCCAUUGUGAUUGAGUUCUGCGAUCGAUGUAGAUGGGUCCAUCGUGCUACUUGGACUCAGACGGAGCUUCUGGCCACGUUUGGCGAGAAGAAGGAGGAAGAGGGAUUGGCGGGUGGGCAGCAGGGAGGAAAGGUCAAGAGUGUCACGCUUAUGCCUAUGACCAGCGAGGAGACGGGUGGGCGGUUUAGGGUUUGGGUGUAUGAAGGAGGAGAACAAGGAGGAGUGAGAUGUGUGUGGGAUCGCAAGGUCAAGGGAGGCUUUCCGGAACUCAAGGAGCUGAAACAAGCAGUCAGGGACGUCAUCUCCCCAAGCCAAUCUCUUGGCCAUUCAGACCACGAUAGCAAAAAGGGCGGCGUCGCUGACCGAGGCCCCACCACUUCGAGCGAUGCCCAGAAUCCAGCCGGAAAGAGGGCAGAUGGGCAGGAGCCUGCAAUCUCGGGAACUGGUCAUGAACCCAACACUGGGACAGCUACGACAGACUAGACGAUGAAGGGAAAGUGAUAACAGACGAGAAGGUAAAGAUCGUCAUUUGAUCAGAGCACGAAUUGGCAUUAUGUACAGCAAGAGUGUCACUGUCGUUGUCGUCAUCAUCGUCAAUAGAAGCAUUCCCCUUACUCU